UUAACGUUGAAUGCCAACUGCAAUUAAAAGAACGAAGAAGAAACCAGCAGCUGUAUCCUGUAGCUAGCUGGCAGAACUAGCUACAUUUACUCUGUGUCCAAUAACGGUAGAAAUAAGAAAUACGCGUUGUAUCAAAAACACUGAUGUUGUGGAGUCGAACUAUAUCGGUUAUAUUUCUCUCCGCGCUGAGUGGCUAACCGCAAAAAAGGAAGCAAUGAACUUCCAGGGCAGUCGGCGGCGAGGAGCGGAUGGCAUCGCCAUGGUGAUUGACUUCCUGCUGUCUAAUGCCCGGCUGAUUCUGGGAGUUGGUGGGGCUGCCAUGCUAGGAAUUGCUACACUGGCAGUGAAACGGCUGAUAGAGCGCGCAGGCCGUGCAGCCGAUGAUGAAAAGGUGGAGCAGAAGAUGGCUGAGUUGAGUUUGGUCUCUGCUUCCCCCACUCUGAUCAAGAAGGGCAUAAAGGGUGUGGUGAUGAAACAUGUUACCAAGGCAGCAAAACAGCAAAAAGCGGACCUGUGCCAACAACCUCAGAUGUCCUCUCUGGAGUCUAAACCGGAGUCAAAGUCCAAGAGACUUCAGCUCUGUGUCCUCAGUUUGCAGGAGCGACUGCAGCAGUAUUAUCACACGAGGGCAGCACUAACUCCAAAUGAGGUCCAGAGGGCUCAGUCUCAAGCUCUGGACAUCUGCACUGAGAUCCAGGGCUUUCUGCGCAGCCGUCUUCCUGACAUGCCCCUGGGAGAAAUGAGCCUCGGAGGUUCUCUGCUGGAUGACCUGCAGGUGGUUAGCGCGGACCAUGCAUGUCUGCUGGUGCCUCUACAGCUGGAAGCUUCUCUGUGGCGUCUCAUCCCGGGAGAGGAAACGCUGCUCACACACCCGCUGCACUGGAUGGUCCGCCGGGUCAAUCUGGAAUAUUUUCCCAGAGGACUCAGCUACUGGGACAGGUACCUGGUGGGGGGUUACCUGUCCGCAGAAGCUGUUGUGAACAUGUUUAGUAAAGCUGUCAUGGAAACUAUAAACUGGCCGUCCAUCAGCAGCACUCUGGACUGUCUCGUCAGACCUGUCCUAGGAGGACCAGACCUAAAAGUGGAGAUUCGGCCUGGGAACGAGUGGGCAGAGAGCAGUGAUCAGUCCCUGUUUAUCUCCAUGCUGCCUCUGCUGCGGGAGGGGGACGUGGUUCUGACCGCCCAGCCUGAGCUCACCUCUCCCUGGGUCAACGCCUGGCACCUGUCUCUCUACCCGUGGGAGACUCAGCGCCUGACUCAGCUCGACACCGCUGACGACGGACACCGCAGACACACACUUAAAAUCCUCAAGGCUGUGUGCAGACUGAACCCUGCCCUGCGGCCGCUUCAAGCCGCCCCGCUCGCCAAUCUCAUCCUGCACCUCAGUGACAGUGAGAGCGACUGGUCCGAGAGCAGCCUUCAUGUGCGAUUCCAGCAGUGCAUCACAGAGCUGAUUGGCUACCUCGAACAAGAGGCGUUACACAGUUACUUCAAGCCAGCUGUCAAUCUGCUGAGCGGCCUGUCGGAGGACCAGGUGGACCAGAUGGGCUUCAUGCUCUACUGUGCCGUGUCAGAGCCAGAAAUUUUGCUCAUAUAACUGUCUGCACACACAUCGCCCAAGCUCUGACACACACACACACACACACACACACGAGAAUCUUUUAUCAUUCAAAAUGUUUGGUUCAAAGCAAAGAUUUAUUUCUUCCCUCUGUCUAUACUCUUUGGUGAGCCCCUCCGUCCGGCUUUGAGGAAAGGGAACAGGGUACAGUUGGAGUGACGAAAUGGCAGGCACCAUGGACUGAUGUCUAAACUAGAGGAGGAGAAGCUACAGAGAGACUGCAGAUGUAAAAGUGAUAAUCAAGCUAAAAUAAUCACUCAGAGGAAAGGAGCUGAGGAAGUCUUUAUCAAGAUGUUUGAAGCGAUGCUUCAGGAUGUGCCUGAACGCCACAGCCAAGUGUGCAUUUAAGUUUGCAUGAUUAUAAUUUUUCACGUGCAUUCAUUCUUUCUAGCCUCUACUGAGUGUGUGUCCUCUGCAUUAUUACCUAAGUCUAUUUUAAUAUAUUCUAACUAUGCAGAAAAAUGGAUGACCCGCUGAAAACCAACAAGGUUUUAAUGCACUUCUUAAACCAUUCAGUCUCUGAGUUGAACAUAUUUAAUGCAAAGUAUAUAUUUUAUCAUACUGGAGGCUAAAGUGUGCAGUCUGUUGCCAAGCUGUUCUGGGUAAAAACCCUUUAGAUUAUAAUUAAAGUUGCCUAACAAUUUUAUGCAGUUGCUUUUAAAAACCGUAUAUAUGCUGUGGCCAUUUCUUCAGUUAAAAAUCGAUUUUCUGUGAUUGAAGAGUGAAACUGCUAAUAACAAUUAAAGCACGCAGAUUCUCGCUCAGUUGCUUCAAAAUUAUUGUUUUCAAACUUGAAAAUCGAGUGUCACAAAGAUACGUCCCAGCCUGGUGUUUCACGUUAAACUUUUUCAUACAACUUUAUUUAUCAGUGUGUUUAAUGCCCCCUGAGUAGAAUCGUGCAACUUUGUAAACAUUUUGCACUAGUUUCAUGCACAUAUCAAUCAAAAUGCUAAAAUCAUGUCAUGUGAGAGCCAGCUGAUAACCGUUACCAUCAGCUGAUGGCCUAAACAGCAGAAACGGAUGGCUACCGACAUGUGACAUGGACACAUCUGUCUUAAAACAACACUCUCAUGCCCAUAUAGUAUGUACAUUAAAUUUGGUACUGAUUACUGUAAAAAAUCGUCUUGCAUGCUGGCAGAGAAGACAUCCGUUCCUAAAGAUUUCAAUAUAAGUGAUGCGGAACAAAAUCUUCUGAAAAAAAUGUGAGCUUAUCCUUAAAUGUGCUGAAACUUAUCAGAAAAUAUGAGGCUACUUUUUGUAGUUGUAUUAUGCUGUUUUCAUUCAUUAAAUCAUUCCUAAUUUAUA